GGAGGUAUAUUCUGUUACUAUUUUCAUGAAGUGGUGGGUUUCGCCACUUCCGGUUUAUUAUUGGGCUACGUAACGGAGUAACUUUGAAUCCAUCAACAUCUCAUCAAAUUUUUUUAUUUUUUGUUUCUGUUUAAAAUUUUUAUUAAAACUAUUCAGCAAGAUGUUGAGUACAAGUAUUUGGAAGUUACGGGAGCUAACAGACAAAGUGUAAGAUUAUUUUAUUGGCUUUCAAUUUUUUUUUACCAAUCGAAAGUGUCAACUUCCGGUUUGUGACACGAAUACAUCUUUCUUAGAAGCACAACAUAAGCCACAAACGAAUAGAAAGACCCAGAGCAAUUUAUUUUUAUUAUGAAACAAAAGUUUGGUCCUGGCAAAAACAUAAUGAAACCCAAUCCCUCAUCUAAAUACUUAAAAAAUCCAAGAUACAUUACACUACACAUAAUGACACAAACACUGGUACUACUAGUCCCCUAACUCUUAGGCCUAGGCACUCUAGGGACUAGGACUACGAGACUACGGGUAUACACUGUAUACUUAACUACGCUAUACCUACUCCUAGUAUAUCAUGAUUCAUUAACAAUACUCAUAAACUCAACAUACAAAUCAAAUACAUGACAUAGGUCCUCCCGAAAAUAUUCUAUAUGAUUAUAAUGUCAAAGAUCAAUGUAGACUAUUGAGUAUUGAGUAUUGUAGAAAGAAAAAGAACAAUGUAGUCAAAUUUAGUAAAGGCCUGCCUAAUGAAAUAGUGCCAAAGGGAUUACUAUAAAAUAAAUUGAUUUAUCAAUCACUUGUUCCAGACUCUGAGAGUCUGAACCCUCUACUAUUGUCAGCAUUGCCCUAAGCUUAAACUUAAAGAAUGAAAUUUAAAUAUAUUGAAAUGGAAAGUAGGCUAAAAGAUCCCCAAAAAACAAGGGGUAUCGCAACUUUUAUAUUAAAUUAUAAAUUAAAGAAAUAGGAUUUCUAUGGGCAAUAAUAAAAGUCCUAGGCUGCAUGAGUUUUUGGUGUAAUUUCAAAAUAGUGUCAGUGUGCAAAAAAAAGUCACUGUUCAGAAUGAAACAAGCAAAAUAGUAUUCAUAAUAUCCUAGUUGACCUAGCUAUGACAAACCUCUGCCAAUGAUAAUCAGUGGGGGAGAGACUGCAUCAGGUUAGGUGGAAGGAAAAAAUAUAUGAGACAAGGUGUGGAAAAACCUGAAAAAGAACGCAAAAAAACAACUAAUGGUCCCUGGUGAAGUUUCACGACUUUGCCAAUGGUCAGCCAAGUUUGGGAAACGCUGCUCUAAGUCUAAGAUAUAACAUUUCAGCAACUUGUUUAUAUUUGUGUUACUCAUUAGUUUGCUGAAAAAGGCUUCUGGCAGACAUGUUUGUUAUUUUGUUGCAUCCCUUUUCAGGUUUUCCCAUACCUUCCUUCACAUACUAUACAUGACAUACUUCCAUAGUCUAUGACAAUGUAUAUAUUUGUUUAAAUUUGAUACAAAAUCAUGGCAUUUCUCCAUUCUGAAUGACAUCAUCAUUUGAAUCAACUGCAGUUAUAAUUAUAAUUGAUUGUACAAUGCCGUAAAUGCACAAGCAUAUGACAAAUCAUGCUUAUGCUGUUUCAGAUGUAUAACAUUUAAGCUUGGCUAGUCUAGGAAAUAAGAAAAUAAAAGCAUCAAAAGAAUUGGUAAUGUCAUAUCAAGCUGUUUUUGUCUUCACUACAUGGAUAAAAAAACAAUGCUAAUAUUGAAUCUUCAUUGAAAAAGUAGUAAAUCAGUCUGCAAAUUAAAGAGAUAAUCAAAACUAUUGGAUGCGAAGAAACUGAUUUAUAACUGUUUUAGUAAAAAUGUUAAAAUAUGAGAUUAAAAUCAAGAUCAGUCCAUCCUUAACUUUUGAGUUUGGUGGACUAGACCCACCCAGGCCAAGGACCUGCACCAGAUUUAUUCAAAAGAUAGGUUAUAAAAUAUUUUUUAACAGUGAUCGGGCGAUUUUAUAGGACUCAAAUAACAAAUACUAAUUAAUGCUAACUGUUUUAUUUAUUUUUAAAAAAUUUUUGUUAUGGCCGUUUUAAAAUAGUUUCAAUAGCAGUUUAUAAGUUAGUCUAUAAUAGGAAAUUUAAAAAAAUGUCAUCAUGUCACAAGAAAUAGUGGAUUUUAAAAAAAAAAUGGCUUUGAAAUGAGACUCAGGCGAGGAAAAAUUAAAGUUAUAUUUCCAGAUUUUUGGCUCAUGUUGAGCGGACAGGCAAUAUAAUUUUCACGGACCGGUGCCGGUCCACAGACAACCACCUUGGAAAUCAGUGAUAAAGAUUACAUUUUAUAUCUAUGUACUGGUAGCAUUUUAUGAUAUCCAAGAGCCAAAUUGCAGAGAAAUAGUUUUAAUAACUUAUAAGGCUGAUAGCAAUCAAUAAAAUGGCAUCUAUCUAUUUAUAAUUGGUGCAGCACUCUUUCCCACCAACAAAAUUCAAGCUCCAUCUUAGAAAUGGUUAAAUUUAAAAAAAAUUAAGUUGAGGAAGAGUACAAAACUGCAAAGGUUUAGGUGUGUGGAUACCGGUAAUCAUUUUAUAUGAAUAACAAAUGACAGUUGUUGGUUGAUAUAUAUAAAUAAUCAUAAUUACAUUAUCACCAGUACAAAUGUUGUAAUGAACUACUCUGAGGUUGAGACGAAGGUGAGAGAAGCAACAAAUGAUGAUGCUUGGGGACCUCAUGGAUCUCUCAUGAAGGAAGUAGCCCAAUACACAUUUACAUACGAACAUUUUCCAGAAGUAAUGGGGAUGUUGUGGAAGAGGAUGCUCCAUGACAACAAAAAAAACUGGAGAAGAGUUUACAAGGUACAAUGUGGAGAAAGUAAAUAACAAAGAAAAAGUCCUUACACAAAAAUUCUGCAUCUAAUAUUUUUCUUAUUGCAUACAUGAAUAACCAUGUACUAAGCCUUCUUCUUCUUUGCAUUAUUUGCUCCAAGUCCAAGUGGUGCACUGGCAAUUUACUUUUUUUCCCCAGUUUUUUGUUUUAAGCUAUUCUUUCAAGCUUAUUCCACCUUUGCUAUUUAUCUCACUCUCUCUGUCGAGGUUUCUUCUUGAAGUGUUACAUAAAUUCUCAUUAAUAUCCUUGAUAGAGACUGUCUAUAACUAUUUGAUUGUCAAUUCAUCCCCAUUUGCUUCUCUGUAUUUUCUGCUGCACAGAUUCACUUCCUGAUCUUUACCUUAUGAUCUCAUUUGAAAUAUAGUUUUAUAGUUUUAAUUUCAGCCAGGGUUAAGAAGAUUUAAAUCAACCAAUUUUAAAUCAUUGCUUUAAAUCUGACCAAUAAAAAUCAUGAAUUUUGAUUUUAAUUGACUUAAAUUAUAUUUAUUUAACUAAUCUAUAAAAACUAAUCUAUUUAUAUUUAAAGACACUUGCUUAGUUGCUGAAAAUAACUUUUGUGCUUUUUUAUGUAUUAUAUUUUUUUUCUUAAUAUAUAAUUAUGAUUGCACAAUUUUGUAGUAAUACAUUUCAUUUUUAUUUAUUUAAAAUUUACAGUUUUUAGAAUUGAUAUAGGGUUGAGAAAGCUGGAAUUUUUAUUUUACUGGAAUUUUUAUUUUAUUAUUCAAAUUGUUAAAUCAGAAGGCUUUGGAAUCAAACAACAUAGACAAAUGAAAAGAUUAUGACACUGAAAAUUAUUUGAAAGUGUGAAACUGGAUUGAAAUUCUUAUUCUUAUAGCUUAGAUAGAGAUUAUAAUAUUAAGCCUAUGACUAUCAUUGAUUAUAAGUUUUUAAAAACUUUUAUUAUUUAUUAUUUGAUAUUUCAUAAUCAUUUUUUUAAGAAUGGAAUGAGAAAUUUUCAAUUGGGAAAGAAGUUUUCAAAUCCCUUUAAAUGGAAUUUUAUUAAUUUUUUGAUUAUUAUUUUACUUAAGUUUAAAUCACUAUGUUAAAGUCCAAUUUAAAUUUUAAGAAAUCUUAUCUGAAUUUUAAAAAAAAAUGUUAUUUAAAUUUUAAAUAUUGUUUUAAAUACUAUUAACUAUAUUAGUUUUAAUCCUUAUGAACAUUAAUACACUUCAAAAUCUAAAUAAAUCCUUUUUAACAAGAAAAAAAAAUCAAUUUAAAAUGUUAAAAUCCUAAUUAAUGAAAAAAAUCCAAUUUUUUACCAUUGCACAUUUUUUGAAAAAAAUUGUAAUUUUAUCGACCCAUCCUUUAGCAUCUUUCACAAACAUCUUUUGAUAAGAACCAGUAAUCUCUAGAUAUUGUAAGUCAUACAGCAGGGUUUCGGGUAUUUUAAAAUUUUGAGGAAAAAAUGGACUAAUAACUUUUUUUAUUGCCUUACAAAGUGUAAUGUAUAACUUAGAAAAUAAACUUGUGACUUGUAAUAUAAAGUAAUAUGUUAAUGAAGAAAUUUUAAAAUUGGCUAAACAUUUUUUUAUGAUAACUUAAAAGUCAGUGGACUCUUUGUUCUUUUCCUUGCACUCCCUGUAAUGCCAUCUCACACUCCAGAUUUGGAAACCAUGUAUUACAGUUCAGUAAAUAUUUCAUUUUUUUCAAAAGCUUUGUAAUUUUGUCAAAAGUCCUAUAAUUGUUAACAUUCUUUUUUACAUUUUAUUUUCUUGUGUGCUGUUAAAACAUCUACAUUACAGGCACUCAUUUUGUUGAACUACCUGAUCAAAAAUGGAUCUGAGAGGGUUGUGACAAGCACAAGAGAGCAUAUAUAUGACCUUCGUGGGUUAGAAAACUAUUCUUUUACAGAUGAACAAGGCAAAGAUCAGGGACUCAAUGGUUAGCUAACCUUAAUUGAUCCAAUUUUUCAUUCAUAUUGUUUUUGGUUAUAUUCUAAACCACAGGAAUUAAAAAUCAGGGAUAGUAAUGUAGAAAUAAAUAUGAUGUAGCUCUGAUGUUGUAAUCAUGCAAUUUUUUUUAUUGCAGCAUAAGCAACUUAUACAUCAUUGUUGAUAGUUUUUCAAAAUUAUUUUUUAAAAUUAUCGUUUAAUUUUCUUAUCAGUUCAGAACAAAGAACAGUGUCUUCAACUGUAUAACUGUAUAAUACAUUUUUUUUUACAAUACAUAAAUAUCUCUGAAACUCAUUAAAGUAAUUAAAAUGCAUUGUAAAAUCCUAGGAUCUUCUUCAUUAAGCUUAAAUAUAAGUUUGUUAAAAUUGUAUACUUUGCUUUGUUUUAGGCCUUUUAGCUAUUAUACUGAUACAUUUCCUUGAUCCAUGGUCUUAUUUUGCAGUGCGUCACAAGGUGAAGGAGCUGCUUGAUUUUAUACAAGAUGAUGAUAGACUAAGAGAAGAAAGGAAAAAGGCUAAGAAGACAAAAGACAAAUACGUUGGAGUUUCUAGUGAAGUAAUGGGGCUUGGUGGUGGAGCAGCAUAUAGUAAGUAUUUUUUAACAGUUGCUCUACAUUGGGAGGGGUUCUCUUCUGUUAUACUUACUUGCAAUAGACAGGCAUAGUAAUACUGCAACAAACUGAGUGAUAAUCUAAAAAUUUAAAAACCCAAGUGUAUGGCAGUUUAUGUCAGUACUACUUUUUAAAAUGAUUAUAUUAUAUUAAUUAUAUUUGUAACAUUUUCUACAUGCACAGUUUAUGCCUGGAUAAGCUUAUUGGAAGUGGUGGUGUUUUAAUAGAAAACUGCCUGCCAUGAGUUUGAGACCGGGUUUGAUUCCCAGUUCAUGCAGUUUUAUAUCCAUCAGUAACAAUUAUUUUUUGUCAUAUUAAUUAUAUUUUUUUAGGUGACCGAUAUGACGAAGAGCCACGAAGCUACAGAGAACGAGGACCAAACCAAAUGGAAGAGAUUGAAGAUUGGGAUAGUGGUAAAAAAUCAGUGGUCAGUGGUGCCAUUGAUAAAGCAAAAGAUUUAUGGAACCGUGCCCAAGGCAGGCAGGCACCUGAUGAGAUGUAUGACUAGUAUGUUUUCUAAGCAUGCAAUUUUUGGUGCUUUACCUUUUUAUAGAUUUUUAAAAAAAAUGUCUUUCUCUCUAUUCAUAGCUGAAAGCUGUUCUCUUUUUUGUUGCCUAGCUGAGUAUUAAUUUGCUCUCUUCUUUUAAAGUUUUUGUGUUUAAACAAAUGAAACCUAUCUGAUGCAUACCCCUCCUCAUUUUUUUAUGUAUAUUGUUUACAAAACAUUUAAACCAAUGGCUUAGUUAUUAUAAAAUAUGUUAAAGAGAGAUAUAUUUUUAUUAAAAAUGAUACUGUACUUGAAAGCUUAACAACCUUAACACAAUCAUCUCUCUGCAUGAUGAAAAUGUACAUUUUAUAAACUCAAGAUCGUUUGAUUAAUAUAGGUAUUUUUAAAUGUAGCCUUGUGGGUAUCAAAACUUUUCUUGUUCCUUGUGUUGUCAUUUUCUUACACUAACAUUAGAAACUUGAGAGUAACCUAAAAUGCAUUUUUUCCCUCCAUUGUUUCAAACUUUCAUUUUUUUUCCAUUUCUGUAGAAUUUAGCAUGAAAUUAGGACUUUUUUUUGUUUGCUAUGUCAUAUAUGUAGAUGUUCAUAGAUUUAUGAGUCUUUAAGUUAUAAUAUUAAUUUUUAUAUUUUGUUAUAAAGUAAUAAAUAUGGAAUCCGUACAUUAAAAUUACGAAAGUGCCCAUAGUGUCUGAAGUACUGAAUAAUAGAUACAAUUUAUUUUGCAGUGAAAGGUUUCUCACUAAAAUUAAAAUGUUUGCUUCUAGUGAUCCAGAACGUUAUGAAGAAGAGGGUUGGGAUAAAAGCAAAGAAAAAGAGAAGGAUUCAAGAGAACGUAAAGCUGAACGAGAUAGGUAUGAUUUUAAAGAUGACGAUGAGGAAUACACAUCAGUGGAAAGAACACAUACAACUAAAACUGAAAAGAUCACAACAAACAGAAGAACGCGAUCCAUUGGUAAAAAGCUUGACUUAGGGGCAGCUUCAGGUCUUGGCAAGGAUGGAGAUAGCCAGGUAUGUGCAUGUAAGGAGUUUCAGCUGCUGGUCAAGUAAUUUAAAAAAACUUUAUUAGGGUUCUUGGACAAAUUUUAAUUUAGUUAUUUACAUUAGGUGGGUAACAUUAAUGGUCAGAGGUAAAAAUGGAAAGACUUAGUAUGGGAAAACCUGAAAAAAGAACACAACUAAACAACCAAUGUGUCUGCAGGAAGCUUUCAUCAGCGAAUAACCAACAAUAAAAAAUUAAAUAAAAGUAAGACUUGGCUGAAAUGUAGUAUCUGAGAUGGCAGCGAGAGGAUGUGAGGUUAGAGGUAAUAGGUUGGCACAAAGAGCAAUAUAUUUGAGUGUUUAAAUUUCUACUGAAUUUUUUUAUAUUCAAUGCAGAGUCAAACAUCUGCUUCCCAUGAUUCAGCACCUAGCUUGUUUGAUCUGUCAGAUCCAGCAGGUGGACAAGAAGGCUUUGCUGAUUUCUCUACUUUUCAGUCUGCAGCUGUUACAAAUGAUGAGUUUAAUCCCCGUGGUAAGCUAGACAAAAUAAACAGAUUAAAUUUUAUUUAAAUAUAAUUUUAAUAUUCUUAAUGGUUAAUGAAUGUACGGUAAAUGAACUGUAAAUUAUACAGAUUUUGAUAUUGCCAAUAUUAUGAAUUCAAUUUUAAUUUUUUUUCUUGUACAUCAUAAAAGAUAAACAGAUUUAAAUGAAAGGGUGUAUAAAACAAUACAUUUUUCAAAAAAGUUAAUUUUAUGUGAGCUCUUUGUAAAGAUUGCACAAAACUUUGUCUUAAAGAGGUAUCUCGAUUUCUUUUAGCUUCAGGCAGCAAUGAUUUUGGUGAUUUUUCUAAAGUUGGAACUAACACAUCAAGGUUAGACUCAAACUUCUUCUAAAAAACGUUAUUACCACUCUAGUGAAAAAUAUAACAUUAAAAAAAGUUUUAUUUGUUUGUAAAAUGAGUUCUCUUAUGUCAUUGAAAAAUAAUUCCUUAUCAUUCCAAGCCGUAAAAGGUAGUGUUCCAUAAUAAGCAAUUAUUAUAUGCCUUUUACCUUCCAUAUCAUGCUUAGGAAUGACACAAAAUGACAUAACCAUAUGUAUAUUCUUAAUAAGUUUGACACUUUAUAUCAUCUUUUGUCAAAACCUUUUAACACAUUUUGAAAUUAUUCCACAGCACCCAAGGUGGCUUUGCUGACUUUGCCCAGUUUAAUUCUGCAACUUCUCCUCCUUCAAUAUCCCCACUGGUUGCAUCUGUUCCUGCUGGCCCAGCCACCACUCAAUCUGGUUCCUCAGCAGUCAAUGACUUGUUUGAUGUCUUCUCAGCUCCCUCUGUGGCUCCUGGUCUUACCCCAAUGUCUGCAGGUGGCAUGAUGAUGCCAGGGAUGGUUAUGACUAACAUGAAUGUACCCCAAGGAAUGAACAUGGUCAGUGUUAUUUUAUUUAUAAAAGUGCAUUUAUGAUUAUUUUACUAAAUUUUUCACUGGUUGGAACAUUUGCAAUAAGAUAAAUGCAGGGACUUGAAUCAGAUCGGGGGUGGAAAUGUUCUCACUAGAUUUUUUUGUGACACUUAAGUCUCAAAUUAAUGUGGAUUUUGUUUCAAAUGAAUUUGAUUCUUAGUCACAUCAUCUUCUUUUGUGUAUUUUAUCUGACAAGUCUAAUUUUUAAACUUUGCUGGAAAGCUGCUUAACACAUAAGGUUCAUAUGCAAGAGUGGGUCAUCUGUAGAUCUGCUUAGUAAAUGUCCAACAAUCUGUGCCAACUAAUUCUUGGAUGUUUCCUCUAGGUGCCGGGAAUGAUGCCCAUGAGUGGAAUGACACCAGUUAUGCAACAGGUAAACAUUAACAAUUCUCAUUUCCUAACUUUUCUCAAUUUUUUUUGCCAUGCUCUUGGGCAUUUAUCAUGGCAUUAGUGUGACUCCACAUUACAUAAUUUAUCAGAAGUGAAUCAUAUUAUUUCUCAUUUGUUGACAGGAAUAUCAUAUUUGCUUUGUAUUGAGAAAUCUGGGUAGUUAGCUGGAAUGAAACAAAAUUUAGUGACUGGGGAUAAGUUGAACUAACAGUAUUGUUUUCUUAAAGUGACGUUUGAAAGAAUAUUGAGAAAAUUUUAGAUUUGGAAAAAGAGCAUGACCUUUUUUUAAUGGACGUACAUUUCUUCAAAAUGCAUUAUUAUAUAAUUUGUUUUGCUUUAAUUUAGGGUGUGCUUUUUUUUUCUGGAGCACGUUUGAUAAAUGAGGUCCUUGCUAAUUAUUAUUCUUUAAAUAGUGUCUAUAAUUCAGGUCCGGGAAUGAACGAAGCUGAAGUUGGUAGCACUUUUUGAAUUCUAAAAUCUGUAGUGUCUCAUAAGAGCAGAAACAAAUAAUUAAUGGGCUCAUUGGAAUUUAUUUAAUUAUGUUUAAAACAUAAUUUGUGCAGUUCAAUGUGUGGUUAAUGUGCUAUGAGGAUGUGAAGUAUUGUCAAACAGUGACAUUAAGUUAUGAUUGAGUUGAUUGAUAUAUUUUUUAAAAGAGGUUAUGAAGCACUCGUAAGCUGUGAUUGAAUGGUAUUGUAUUAGUAAAGACUGGUUUUAUGGAUGUGCAAAGAUUUUAAAAUAGGUGAGAGCAGUCACCUGUUACAAUUGAUUGUAGAGUUUUUAUUAAAUUGAAACAGACUUAGAGUAGGGGUUGGUUGUAGUAUUUAAAUGGUGAUGGUUGUAGCGAGGUUGUAGAUGUGAUCUUUGAUCCUCAGCCAAUGAUGAUGCAGCAAUCGAGUAUGACCCAGCCAAUGUUAAUGCAGCAAUCUGGUGUCAAUUAUCCAGGGAUGAUGGUCUUAGGGUCAGGGGUCAAUUCAAACAUGCAGGUAACUUUUUAACGUUGAUUUUUAUUUUCCCCAUUUCUUUCUACGUUGUGCUUCUUAAUUUGAGUAUUAUGUUCAUUGUCAUAGAGAUUUUGUCAAACCCACUUCUGCAUAACACACAAUUGUUUAAAAUCUUUUUGUAGUAGCAUUGAAAAUUGAAAAAAAAAAUACAGUGUUAAACAUCCUUUAAACUUAGUUUGUAGAUGUGAAAGCUAAUAAUCAUAUUUCAUUAUUUUGUAUAAGGGUCUUAAAAAUAUUUCACUACCAUUUACAUAACAUUAUAUCUAGAUUUGGUUCCUGAUGCAUUUUGUUAUAAAAUUAUGAGGUGACUUUUUAGUGAUUUUAAACUGCCAUGACCUAAAGUAAUAGACCUGUCUUCUUAGUUAGUGUUUCAAAUGGGCCAUAUAGCUCUUAAGCUGCAUCACCUGCACUUGUCUGGGACUAGGUAGAAAGUUAGUUAUAUUGGUUCUAAUCCAUGGUUAUUACCAUUAGGUCAGGCCAUCUGGUCUAGCAAGUCAGAACACCAGUGUUAAACAAGGGACUAGUGGAGAAAAGGUCUGUUUAUUUUUCGUUGCCCUUUUAAAACCUGCUGGUUCUCAUCUAACAUGCGACUCCUGCCUGUCGUACUAUUGGACAUGAACAGCUGAAAUUUUUUUAGCAAAAAUAUCUAUCUUCUAACUUAAUUGAUUUUAAAAAUAACACAUUGGGUGUGCUUUUUAAAACUGGGAUGUAUUUUGCUUGUUCUGAUAUAUAUGCUUACCUUAAAAUGCAUUUUCAAAAAAUAAUAUCAGAAGCUCUUUUAAACUUGUUUCUCUGUUAGACAUUCUUAUAGAAUUUAAAAUCUGUGCUUCUUAAAUAAAAAUAUUUUAUGUGAAGAUUUAUGAAAUGUCAAAACAGCAUAUUUUUUCUGCUUUAAAUUUGUUGUAAAUAUUCAUUUAAAAAAAACAUGAGAUUUGUGCUCUAAAAUGUAUCAUUUUGAAAGUUGAGAAGCACUGCUUUAUGAUAAGUGAAAAAUUUCAAGAUUGUUACAAAUGUAAUUUGAUAUUCAGCAAACAAUGUAUGUGCUAUUUCACUCUACAUUUAUUUAGAUCUGGUAAAUCUUUUAACCAUGCCUUGUGUAACUGAGCAAUAAUUGAAAAAGUCAAGUUGAUGAAUUUUAAUCUAUUCAUUUUGAUUCAAAUGAAUAUCAUUUUAUCUUUUAAAAAAAAAAUCUAUCUAAUUAUCUAAAAAAUUUCUUUGAAUUGCUAUAAUAAAUUAAUUAGACUUAUUUCAUGGUUGUCCUAUGUUUCUCACCCCUCCAUGGUCCUUCUGUGAUUACAGCACCCACAUAAGUCAACAAAAUCACUUAGCAUUUUCAAAAUAAAUUUGAGUUAAUAAGUAAUUUCAAAUAUCUAUAGCUUUUGAUGACAAUAUUGAUGGCUAUGACUUGUGAAAUUGUUGAAAAACCCUUUAAACACAAGUCACCAAUUACAAGUAAUAUCUACUAGAAGUUUGCUUGAAUACUAGCUAGUGAUAACCAUUCUAACAUCUAUACUCAAGCUCAGUAUGAUUUCCUAACUCCUUAUAGCUAUGAAAAUAUCUCGAUCGAAUGCCACUGUCUGAGGUCUGUUGAUUGAUUCAGAAAUGCUCAUAAACUAACAGCAUUGCUUCUUUGUUUGGUUUCAAUAUAUUUAUUUUUGGAAACAGUCAUAAAAACAUAACCAUUUUACUUUCAUAAUAUGACUUACUGUUUAGUUAUAGUUUGGUAAUGGGCCAAUCAUACACAUUUUUGUAUCUUAUAAAUUAAAAAAAAAAUAGUGACAGGGUAAAGACUGCUGCGAAAGGUGGAAGAUCGUUUCAAAUACACAAAAAUGUGCACUUAUGUGUCAUUUUCACCCCCACCAAAUUCUCCCAAUACAUCCUAUAUUUAUAAUGCCCUAUUUUACCCUACCAAACAGCUUGUUGUCAUGGUGAAUCUAUUACUCUAUUCCAUCUCCAAAAAACUAAAAACGUUUUGGCACAAUUUUGUAUGUGAUAACCUCAUUGUAUUCUUCAUGCAAUAUGCCGUCAUCCCUCUAUAUUACUUUAAUAGGGCCAUAUACUAUAUAUUUACACAUUUAUUGCUAGAUGAGUGCUAUGGUUUACAUAAAUGUGGUUUUGUAUUUAGUUCAUUGGAGGACAAAUGCUUGUAAUAUAACCACAAAACUUGGAUUUCAUUAUUUUAGAACCACUUUUAAGUGCCAUAACCAGUUUUCUGAUUUUGGAAUACAUCUUUUGUUCACACAUCUUUAACAGUAUGUUGAAAUAACAUGCUCUCUCUCUUGCUACUUUAUUCCAUAAUAAAUCACGAGUUUCUUUAUUGUGUGCUGAUGUUUUUGUCUCAUUUUAAUUUUACUUGGCCAUUUUUAAGAUUGAGAAAAGAGACAUGAUCAACAAAGUUUAACUUUCGUGUAAUAACUUUUCAUGUAAUAAUUUUGCUAUCUGUGAAUGCUAUUUUAAUAAACUGUCUCAGACCACAACACCCAUACACCAUCCACACACAAAAAAAAAAAAGAAGAAAGAGAGAGAGAUGUUAAUACAUUAAAUCAAAAUAUUAUAGUAAGCCUUACUGUCUGCCAACAUUCUCUGUUUGUACUGAUUGUAAUUGUAAUAACUUUUGUAGUGAAUGAUGCCCAUUUUUGUUGUGGAGAGAGUUGGGAUAAGUUAAAAAAUAAAGAGACUUCUUCCAAAGUUCUCUACUCAUUUCAAAAUUUUAUAACCAAAAACACUUGAAAGCUUUAAUUCUGAGUUCUUGAACUAAAUUCAGACUAGUCAGUAAAAAAAUAUAGAACCAAUUAUAUAAAGAUUUUACAACUGGAUAAAAAGUCUUCUAAAAAUGUUUGAAUAAAUGUAAAAAAUGUAUUAUUUUCUCUACAUUUUUAUUGGCAUUUUUUUGUCUUAAUCAUCUGUCCUCUCAGAAGGGCAACACAUGGAAUGAUACACCAGUCAAUAUAAGCCUGGAUGGUCUGACCCCUGGCUCAAAACUUCACAAGCAGUCCUCCCAGGGUCCUUCUCUCAACCAACUGACCGGAGGCCAACCAAUGCCACAAGGUAUAUUUCACUCUUGCACGAGUCAAUAAAUGGCUGUAUUUAAUUUUAAAUAUUCCACUUUUUAAUAUACAUUCUGUGAAAAUUUGCCCACCCAUUUAAGUGAGAAUUAUUGUGACAUAAGAAAUGUUAUUAUAUCAUUAGUAUCUGUAUAUGGAUGCCUAGAUAAAGAAAUGUUAUUUUAUCAUUAGCAUCUGGAUAUGGAUGCCUAGAUACUUGUUUGUGUUAUUUACUUAAAGAAGAUCUAAAUGAAGUGGAGGGAGUCAAAGAAAUAGCAUCUUUUAAGUAUUUUAAAUGUGUUGAUUAGCUCAGUUAUUUGAAGAUGAGUUUCUUUCUAGGUUGUUGGCUGUAUUAUUUAACAAGAAAUUUAAAAAGCUAGAUUGUGCAGAGCUUGUUGAAUAUGUAAGCACUUCCAAAAAGCAUGGCACAUUAGUCAUUAACCACUUUCAUUAACUGUCCGGCUGCAUCAGUUUGGUUAUGUCUCUUGUCUUGUCUCAUUUAAAAUAAUACGUUUAAUGUUGGGUUCUUUCAUUUCUUUUAGAUUUUCUUUUCACAACAUAAAACUGUUUUCAACAAUAAGAUUGCUGAAACAAAUAUAAUAUAGGUAACCGAGGUAAUCUCUAUAACAAUGAGAGGCUGGUUGGUAGAGCAGACACAUGGUGUGUGUGGAUAAGUCCUGCUCAUAUUUGUCAUCUAUCUCCUAUUUGCCCUCCCCACCCCACUCCCCAAGGUGUCCUAUGGUACCCUGAAGUGUUUACAGGUAGGCCAGCCCUUGGUGUUCUCAGCAUGGUUUCAUUCUUUGGCCUCAUUUUGUUUGUUACCUUGGUGUUCCUUAUUCAUUUCCUUGACAGAUGUGCAUGUAAGACCCCUACCUCUGCACUGGUGGUACUUUCACAUUUCUUGUGGUAGCACCUGUGUUACAGAUACUACCUCAGAAUGGUACUUAUUUUCAUGUAAAAAAACAAGGAGUAAAUAUUCUUGAGAGAAGAUGCCAAAAGUUGGUAGUUUAGAACGGAGAACGACUUUAAAGUUCUUAUUUUGUUGAAACAAAUAAAUAUUUAUGGCCAUUCAUUGCAGAACUUGUUAUAUUUCUCUAUCAGAUUACUCUUUCUUGACUUUAAAGUUUUAUAACGACACUGACUUUCUCCGUUUUUAAAAAUUUUUUACAUUUACUGUUCAUAUGUUUAUGGAUCUCUUUUAUUUACUGUUCUAUGUUACCCUGAAUGGUUUAUCUUUUUCUGUUCCAGUUUCACUCGAUAAGAAUUGACACAAAAUAUGUGAAACAUAACAUUAAGAAAAUCUAUCAAACAUCCAUUUAUGUAGAUACGGUAAUAAAUAAGAUAAGAAACAGAUUAGGACUAUAAUUCAAUGUGGAAUAAAAUUAUUAUUUUAAAAAUCAAACUCAUAUUUGUGUACACACAAAAUUAAAGCAUGUUUUCAAAAUUUUCGUUUCAAUAACAUUUUUUGUAGAACUAUGUUUUGGUAGCAUCAGUUUAUGUCUCAGAGGAGGAUAAUGUAGAAUGCUCCUUGUGUGAACGUUUUUUGUUUCCUUUUAACUACUUUGAAAGAAAGAUAUCUGUUCUUAUUUUCAGCAUGCUUAGUCACAGUCAGUGUUGUAAAAUGGUUGUCAUAAUAACUUGAAACAUUACAUGUCAACAUAAGUUAGUUUGUUAUAAAGAAGUUAUUUAUUUUUUUUUGGUUUAGUUUUUGGUUACCCAGAAAGACUUUUUAAAACAUUCUUAUAAUUAUUGUAGUGUAUCAAAUCAGAGUUUUAAAAGAGACUGUCAUUAAAUACAUUGUAAAGCACAGUUGUCAAAUGUAAAACAUUGAUUGUUCUUAGUUGCAUGACCAACACCUAUGAAGAGGUGGCAUACCAGAGACUGGGGUACUGAAGAUUUCUUAUGGGGCUCUACUAGAAAUAAGUUUCCCAUUGUGAUCUGCUGAAUAUUACAUACCAAGAAGACUAUUUUUUUUCUGCCAACUAAUUAUGUAAAUAAAAUGAGGAAAAAAUGCACCUAUUUUUAAACAAAUAUUAGUUAAGUAUAAAGUAAUGAGUUAAACAUAACAAUAAUUGUUAUUAAAAAAUCAUGAUUUAGGAAAUGAAAAGAAAUAAUAAUUUAACUUUGAAGUGAAUCAGCUAACUUGAAGUUGUAGGAAUUUCAUUCAGUCUAUGCUUGGAUAACAUCUGUUGAUAUGAGUGCAUGUGUUAAAAAUAGGGUUGCACCAAUAAGCUAAUUGCUAAAAUGGCCAGUACUGAAGAAGGCCAACAAUACAAAUUUCACAAAAUUUAUAGUUUCUGACAAUCUUACUUAAAAUAUUUAUAUGCAGUGUACUUUAGGGAUGGGCUAAUUUUAUCCUGCAGAUCAGUGUUUUUCAACCUUUUUAUUGGAAUGGAACCAUUUGGCACAUUUAGAUUGCUCAAGGCAUGUGAUACAAGGGCUUGUUCUAUUCAAAAUAGAAGGAAACUUUUUCACAAGGCAGCCAUUGAAUGUCAAUGUGUUUGGAUGAGUGUGGCACGAUCCACUUUCACGCUUUCAUAAAGUUUGGCGAACUAGCGACAAUUCAGAGGUCUCAUCUUCAUAUAAUAAACAAUUUUCACCAACGUGUCCAUCACAGACUGAAACUCAACUCCAAAUGUUUUAGCAAUUAGUGCCUCUCUCUCUGUGUGGAUGAAAUAGUGCGUGACCAUGAUAGCUGGAUUCAAAUGUCGCAUUAGCUAGACAAAACCUUUGACAUUUCCCUUUUCAAUGCCAACGCAGUCUUUCCAGUUCAAGUCAGAACUGAAAAUAUGAAUUGACAAUGUCAGAUAUUUCUUGUCCUUUAUUGUUUCUGGUAACUUCUUACAGCAGAAAAAUCUUCACCAAUAGUUCUAUUUUAAUAUAGCGUACAAAAUUCAUAAGAUGUGUUUUACCAUUUUUUUCUUCCAUGCACAGUGCCAAGAAUUUAUGUGUCUUUAUCUUUACUAAAACAUGACUAUUAAUUUAGCUGGACAUGUCUGAAAUACAUCUGCUUGUCUUAUUGUCUGACAGUGGAAUCUAAUUAAUGUCAGACACAUCAUUCUCAACAAACAUUAUUGCAGACCUGUUUACCCUCAAACUCUUAAAAUCGUACAAUAUCAUCACAAAAUCGUUCAAUACAUUAUCUUAAUAGUAAAAAAUAAACAUACAGAAUAUGUAAUGUAUCCAACUUAAAAUGGUACAUUGUACUCCAAAAUCGUAUGAGUAAACAGGUCUGUUAUUGUCACAAUUUCUCGGGUUGCUGGUAAGAUUACGGUUUUGGCAAGUGUAUGAUUUUAUUUUCAUUGCAACCAUCUCCAUUGCAGCAUAACUUGCUUGUUGAGCUUUGUCUCUUAUCUUUAACUUUUUCUUGGAAGUGGCUGUUUUUUAUUUUUGCUGUUUGUUUUUUAUAAGUACGCCACAUUCUUGAGAGCUACAUCUGGAUGUUUAGUUGUUAAGUGCUUCAUUUAAGCUGGUGCCAUGGCACUAUUGACAAGUCAAGAUUUUCCCCGCAGACAACACAGAAUGGGAAAGGGCAGUCUGAAUCUCCUGCCCAAAGUGAAUCCCAUAGCUAAGUUUACUUUAAGAUUUUGAUUAAUGUCAAUUAUUUGGCAUGUUUUGCUCUCAUAAUGUGGUACUAGCUCUAGCUUCAGUUGACUGCUCUUGAGUUUUAUCUUGGUCAUCAGUUGUGGUAUUGUUUAAUUUUCUCUUCUUAAUAAAUCGAUCCAUAGUCGCGUGAAAAGAACAGUGUUAUGAAAAUUAAUUCAAACGCUAAAAGCUCAUUGUGAAAAAAAACUGAAACAGUAAUUAAGUUGAUUAACAAUGACUAAUUACCAUACAGUGUGGGUGUCACCAGACUUGGUCUCUGGCGAGUUCAACCAUUAUUUUUAUAUUUUUACUGGCCGCCGGAGGAACCCCGGUUAAAAAACACUGCUGUUGAUAUUCACUCAGGGAUCUUAAGUCCCAUAGUGAUUGCUCAUUAGUUGUUGAGACUUGGUUGAUGUGGUUGAAAUUUGUUUAAACAUGAUUUAUUGCAUGCAAAAAGCUUUCUGUUAUUUCAAUGCAUGCAUGGUCAGACUCUAAUGUUCAGUGUUGUCCACCUGGAUUUAAUGUUGUAGCAAGGUACCCCAGAUAUCUGUCUAAUGAUAGGAUGUUAUGUUGCAGGCAUGGGUCUCAUAACUCCUGGAAUGGGAGGCAUCAAUCAAGGUAUGGCUAACAUGAGCUUGCAGAGCCCUACUAACCCACUCAUGCCAUCCUCCAUGAUGGUAGCUGGAAACCCAAGGCCUGUCAUGUCCAAUAUGGGUAAGAUGACAGUGUGUCUUUGAAAAAUGCUUUAUAUAAGUCAUUUCAGUAAUUAGAACUUGAGAAUAAAUAUUACCUAUAAAAAAAACUGCAGUGUUAUAAAACUCUUGAUGAUUAAAAUGUUUGGCUUUAACUUUAAUGAGGUCUUUAAUUACUUCAUGUGCAACCUCUUGUGCUAAAGACAAUAUUAGUAGCAUUCUUGAGUGUACAAUUAUUAUUUUUGUAAAUAUAUGUUAGAUACUAUCAGUGGCAAUAUUUUUGCUAUCUGCUAUCACUGCUCAGAGUUUAAGAAGAUAUGAUUUAGAAAAAAUUGCAUUUGCAAUUAGUGGCGGAUGCUUAAGAUAUCUCAUUUUUUUUUGUAGCAUAAUACUAAUAAUAGUAGUUGCCUGAACAUGUUAAUUAUUCUUAGGUAUGAUGGGUAUGGGUCAGACGCCAAUGAUGACUGGAAUGCCACAGGGAACUAUGAUGGCUGGAAUACCUCAAGGCACCAUGAUGAAUGGAAUGCCCCAGGGAACCAUGAUGGGUGGGAUCCCUCAAAACCCCAUGGGAAUUCAGAUGAUGUCAACAACUAACAUGGCAGGCCAGGCAUCUUUCCAGAAAAGGACAGACACAGCUUUUUCAGCUUUUGGGAAUGUAAAAAAUUAACUUUUUUUCAUACUAUUCUUUGACCUAAGAUGAACUAUCACUAGACAGAACAUAGAGAUGUGGUUUGAUUUCAUGGUUGUGUCUGUCAUUGGAGAAUUUUCUGCUGCGGGGAUUUGAAUAUGGGAUCAAAUUGUUUUUAUUAUUAUUGCAUAUUUUCAGCGGUCUCCAACCUAUAACUAUAUGGCCCAUUUGUGUGUCAUUAGUUUGUAGCCCGUUUUGAGAACUAGUGUGUGAAUGUGGUUACCGUUCAUCAGUAAUUUCAGUUAACUUGAUUAGCCUUUAGUUGAUAGAAACAAGCGAAACUGAUGGGGUCUUCAGGAUGCGGGCUACUGUUAAAUAUCGAACAAUGUAUUCAACAACUACAGCAAACUUUGUUAUUCAACUUGUGAUAUUGUAUUCCAGCUUAUUGAGCUGUUGUUACCCUUCCCAAGCUAGUGAAUCAGAGAUGUGUUCUCUUUACACAAGUAUAUGCUUUAGCAAUCAAAAGCACCUUGUCAUUAUACUCUGUUAAAUGAAGUGAUAACAAUGAUGAAGUGAUCUGUUACAAGAAACAUCUAUAAAUUCUCAUCUAGUGUGAGGGAGGGGGCCUGUAAAGCGGGGUGAGGUGGUAUAAACCUGAUAUGAAAUCUUUCAACCGUAGGCAAUGUGAUUUCCAAACCAUUGAAUGGCAAGUAUUAAGGUUUACAGAAUGUGGUAUAUGUAGACUAUGUACAUCAAAGUGGUUUGUGUUGGGGGUUUUGAAUUUUUUUUUUGUCAGUGCACUGAAUAGAGCUUGACCUGCAACUAAUGGAGUAAGUUAAUGUUAACACUUUAAAACCUAGACUCUUCCAUUUCCUGGGGUCUAAAGGUGCAGACAAGCAGAUCACACACUUUAAAUACCAGUAGUGUAUGAUGGGAAAUAUCACCAGCUGACAAAUGUCUGUAAAAUUGUGUUGCUUAAGAACCACUUCAAGGUAACAUGAGAUAGCUGUUGUAGUAUUGUGAUUGAGAAUGUUGUAGAUUAUAAUCUUUUGUGUUAAGGUUCAAAACCAUAUUUGUAUAACUCAACUGUCAAGCUUGUAACAGAACAUGUCAUGUUGAUUCUUCAUUUUUUUGAGGUUGGGAAAGGGCAGUUUAUAGCUCUAAAAUGCAACAUAAAUUUAUUUGUAAUAUUUAUUUUGAUUUAUUUAAAAAAUUUCAUUCCUUGACAAUUGAAAAAAAGAAAUGUAUAAAGUAUGAAUCUACCCAUUUAAAGUUUUGCUUGAUUUAAAAUACCUAUUGAUUGAAUGCUGUGUGCCCAGGGGUGGUCCUGUACAUUUUUUUCUGAGUGAUGUGAGAUCUCUUGAUUAUGUGUACACAAUUCCCCUUGUUCCACAAUGACUAAAAUAUUUACAAUUUUAUUGCCAACCCAUGCACUAAAAAGUAUUUGAAACAGCAACGAGGAUUAGUUUCCAUUUAUACAUUUAAAUUAUUUAUGCAGUUGUGCACACUUGGGGUAUGUGGUUAGCAAAGCUUAUCUUAUUAUCUGAUGUAAGGGAAGACUACAUAACUAAACGCACUAUAUGGAUGAGCUACCUGUAUGGGAUAUUACUCUUGUGUAAAUCACAGCAUUGUAAGGUUCCGGUUUCUGUGUUUUGCUACUUACAUUUAUUUAUUUUACAAUGGGAUUUAGUAUAUUUUGACCAAAGCAUCUGAUAAAUUAACUUACUUUUAAUUUUAAAAUGAAUCAUUAUUUAAACUUAAUUUAUUAUCAUACUAUAGUAUAAAUAAAUGACUAAAAUAUUAUUAUACCAUAAAUGCAUGUAAACAACCUAAAAAUAAGCUUGUAUUAAUAAUGUGAGUGAAUUUUGAAUGAUGGACAGUUCAUAAUUACAAUUACUACUGUACAUAUCCUGUAUAAUACCUAAUCAUCAUCCCACCUAUAACAUUGCUCAACCAUGGCUUAUUCUAAAAAAAUGUGAAAUGAUAUUGUUGGGUCUGAAAUUAGGAAGCAUAUUAUCUUUCACCCCAUCAGUGGAAACAGUUUUUAUAGUUAAAUAGUAUUCUACCUUAUAGACCAUAAUUCAGGAAGUGUAGGUUUGGGCCCAGUCUUCAUCUUAUGUUUUACAAACUCUGAUAAUUAACAACUAUCCUUUGACUUUUCACUUUGACUGAUUCUAUACAUUAUAUUAAAGUAUGCAGUCAAAUAAGACAAGACCAUAAUUACCACCAAGGCUAGAACUGCUGUCUAUGAGUAGGAAAGUUAUUUGGAGGUCAGUCCUGAUGAAUAUGCUUUGUUUGAAACAAUGAAUUGAUUUUCUGAUACUGUUUUGUAUGAAAUAUAACUAUACAUUAAAUUACAUUGAUACAUUUACAUAUUAUGGUGACACUGUAAAAUGCAAUAUCUGAAAUAUAUGGAACACACAUGGAAAUUUUUAUGUUGACCACUUGUAUAACAGUACACAAAGCGUAUACUAUAUGUGGGCAGCAGAGAAUUGUUCCUAGAAGCUGCAUGUGCAUCUGUUGUAUUAAGAUGAUCUGUGAUGCACAUUUUAAGCUGCUAUUUCUACUGCAUUUCUAAUUGAUGCAAAUCUUAUUUCAUGUAAAAAAACAACAAAAAAACAAAAUACAAUAACCAGCUUUAUACUUGUGAAUAUAUUUAUAUAAGAUUGUUCUAUAGAAUACAUUUCUAAACUAAACAAUUUCUAUGUUUGCUAAUGUCAACUUGGGCUGUGCAUAGUUGAUGCUUUAGAAAUCAUCACAAAUAAAGGGUUCAAGUUAUAUUUGCUUGUUGUAGUUCACCUCAUGUAGUCAACACCAGGGGGGACUGGGACACCGGGAAGAUUCCCGAUGGGCCGCUAGGACCGGUGAUAUAAUAAAAAUAUAAGUCAUGAAGAUAGGGCCGCUUUUUGUUUUUUCCCCGGGCCGCUUUGAUUUUUUCCCGGGCCGCUUGAACCCCCCAGUCCACCCCUGGUCAACACAUUGUAAGUAUGUAUUUUAAUUUCAUUUAAAAUACCAUUGCCAUUUCUUCCUGGCCCUUAAAUCUUGUACUUGUAAGAUUUUAUCCAAGUGCCAUUCCCAGUAAAAAAGUUACUCAUUCUAAAGCUGAUUUAAAUACUUUUUAAAAUAAAAACUACUACUUAAAACUUAUUUUUUUUUCUCUUUUCGUUUUUAAAAAAAUUUGGUAAAAAAAUUUCUUGUACUUGUAGUGAAUGCAGUAAUUAUUUACUGGAAGUUGAUGUACCGGUACUAUGGUUGACAGGUUUUAUUACAAAUAAUUAAGGUAGUUGCUGUGUCCCUAUCAGAACCCUUAUGAUUUACUAAAGCAGUCAUAUCUCAAAACAAAUGGACUCCAUCUAAAAACUUUAAUUUUACAAAAGUAACACAGUGAGUAUGAAAGACAUUUUAUUAAAGGAGAAUUCUGAAAUUCUAUUCUUAGAUCUAACGACACUAUAUUAAUAUAGUAUGGUACAGACACUUGCCACUGAUGCAUGUAGUGUACAUAAUUUAGAGCUAGAAAUAUCCAUAUUUAAGGCACUCACAAGGAACAGCUGGAGAACUUGGUAUAUUGCAUGCAUAUCACAUAAAAUACAGAUUGGUACUAGAUAUUUCGAGUCUCAAAACUUAUUUGAUCAGUGAUGAUUGAUAAAAAAAAUAUUUAUUUUUAAAUAAGUUAAAUGCACCUAAUUUUGCAUGAUUGCCCAAUGGGAUAAGAUGUCUUCAAUGAUAUCAAGUAUAUUAAAUAUUAAGCCUUAUAAUUUACUUUGUUAGUUCCAAGCUGUUCUUCUGCAACCUAAAUUGGCCACUCCUUUAAUUAAUAAAAUCCAACACAACUUAUUAAAAUUCACAUCAAAAUGUUUGCUGACAUUUAUUAUGAAAUAAUAAUCAAGAAAAUACUUGACCCUAACCAAUCUGUACACAAACAAUGCAAAGUCCCAAAAUAUUAAUAAUACAAGCAUUACAACACUUAUGUAAAUUAAAACCAGUUUUGUCCCAUACAGGGAUGUAAAAGUUCUUUAAAAUUUCUCUCAAAACAUUCAGAUUUAUUAUCGCUCUUUUGUUAAGACUCAUACUCAAGUCAAGGCAAAAGAAAUCUAACCACAGCUGUUGUUAAAAAAAUAAAUAAAAUCUAACACACACACAAAAUAAGUUGUGUUAAAAUAGCUACUUAAUAAAAGCACCAAAAGGAAUAAAUUCACCCCCCCCCUCCCCCCAGGUCCCUCUAUCAAUAGAGAAAUUUUAUCAAGAUUCAUUUGGAUACUUUUGCAGGAAAAUAGAAGAGCAUGUGUUGCCCCCAGCUGGUGUGCUGCCUUUACAGUAAUGAAAGCUCUGUUGAGGCAUGAUAAUAUGUCACAUUAAACCAACUUAAUUAUAAAUUAAGUUUUUGAACUGGGGCAGCAAAACCUAAAAUACAUUUCAUGACACUGACCUGCAUAUAACUAUGACAAGAUGUCACCAAGGCAUUUUAUCUACUGUUGAUAAAUCAAAAUAAAUCUGAUAAAUUUUUAGAAACUCCUUUUAGGGGCUAUGAAUAAAAUAGCAAAACGAGGUAAGUGUGAAGCUUAAAUAAGAUAUCUUAUUCAAGCUUCACGCAUACCUCAUUUUGCUAUUUUAUUCAUUUACUAAGCAGUCCUUUCAUUUAUAUUUUUUAGGGGCUAACAGCUCAGCUAGUAAAUUUUUACUUUCAUCACUGGUAUCCUUAGUUUUAAGAGCAUUUCAUCAUGAAAUACUAAAAAGCUGCCAUUAAAUGACAUUAAAAUAUGCAGUUAUUACAUUUCUAUCCUUUAGGCUUAAUGACAUUAAAAAAUGCACGCUUGACAGAGGAAAUGCAAAUUCAAGUUAGAUAUAUAUGUAAAAUAAAUUGAAGCAUAACAUGACAUUAGAUUUUUGAAU